AUGGAUGGCUCGUGGAAAAUGUACCUGUAUGGCAUUGCGCCAUGCACGGGAGGUGUAGCCUUUGGAUACGAUACGGGAUCGAUGAGUGGAAUUCUGACAAUGCCGCAAUUCCUCUCCUACAUGAACUAUCCUGGCAACUUUUUACAGGGAGGUAUCACUGCAUCCAUUCAAGCCGGCUCGUUCGCAGGAUCGCUAUUGACGGGCGCAUUACUUGCUGAUCGUCUGGGUCGCCGGAAGACCAUCCUCUUGGGCUCACUGAUUUUCACCAUCGGUGUAGCUAUCUCAACUGCCUCCAAUGGAGUAACGGCUCUUAUUGCAGGCCGUGUUGUAAAUGGCUUGGGAAAUGGUUGUUUGGCAAUGAUGGUACCUCUCUAUCAGAGCGAAAUUGCGCCUCCUAAAAUUCGCGGUCGAAUUGUCUCAAUGCAACAAUGCUGUAUCAAUUUUGGUAUUCUUAUCGCGUUUUGGAUUCAAUAUGGAAGCAGCUUUCUGUCUGGGAAUGCAUCAUGGAGACUAGCUUUAGGCUUGCAAAUGAUUCCAACAACAACUCUUCACUUGACCAUGUACUUCAUGCCUGAAUCGCCUCGAUGGCUUGCACAGCGAGACGAACACGACAAGGCAUUACAUUCUCUUGCAAGGUUGCACUCGAAUGGCAACAUUAAUGAUCCAUUCGUGCAUGCAGAGCUAGCUGAGAUCGAGGCCAAAAUACAGUGGGAAAGACAAAAUCCGCCUCCAUCUUAUAUUCAGAUGCUGGUUGGACGUGAUCGUCGUCGCACCUGGCUGGCAAUCGGCGUGCAAUUCUUCCAACAAGUGACUGGUGUUAACGUAAUCAUGUAUUAUGCGGUAUUCUUGUUUGAACAAGCUGGUAUCAGCUCCACUCGUGGAUCCCUACUAGCAAAUGGUGUCCAGGGAGCUGUUCUCAACAUUUUUACUUGGCCAAAUAUGUACUGGAUGGACACGUGGGGUCGUCGAACCCCUAUGGUCAUUGGAGGAUUUGGUAUGGCUAUUUCUAUGAUGCUUAUCGGAACGAUCAUGAAAACCAAAGGAAACCCGGUCUACAAUUCUCUCACAAAGAAGACGAAUUUUGAUUUCACCAGCCAAACUGCAUCAAACGCCACCAUCGCAUUUGUUUACGUUUACGUUGCAGUUUUCGGGCUGACAUGGGCCUGUGUCGCCUGGGUCUACCCACCUGAACUGUUUACGACGGGCUCCCGCGGGCGAGGAACUUCAAUGACCUCCGCGACAAACUGGUUUGUGAAUUUUUGGUUCGCACUUUAUAUUCCAACGGCGAUGGAAAAGAUCUCAUGGAAACUCUACAUGGUGUUUAUGACCCUGUGUGUCGUUAUGGCUAUUGUUGUUUUCUUUUUCUAUCCAGAAACCGCCGGCAAAUCUCUAGAAGAAGUCGACUUUCUCUUCUCUAAAGACCGCACAAUUUGGGUCUUCCGAGAUCGACAGGCCCGCAAGGUGGGUGCAAUUUUCGAACGUGAUAUGGCGCACGGAGAAGCCCUCACCGACUUUGAUGGAAAGACUGCUGGAACCUCUCAUGUCGACAAUGUGGAGUAUGAGGCACGGCUGGCUUCCACAAAUCCGGAAUCAGUGUGA